AUGGCGGCGCCCUGUGGGAGGAUGUUAGUGUCAGGGAGAGUGUGGAGCUGCUGGGGAAGGCUCCAAGGUGCAGGAGGAAGGGUCACCAACUUGAUGCCAUCAGGAGCUCCUAAUGUCAAAAACGCUGCACACCAGGACACCUCUGCGGGGAAAAGCUGAAGACAUGGACACCGAGUACAGGAGCAGCUACUAUAUUGGGGGUGCGAAAGCACAAAACCCUAUGAAAAAAGUGGGCAUUGCAUGGGCGAUCGGGUUCCCAUCUGGCAUCCUACUAUUUCUGUAUGCAAGGAAAAAGGUGAAUCAGCAACGCGUAGAUCAGAUGAAAGCGCGGCAGCGGAUGAGAGACGCCAACAAAGGGCCAUAUGAGAGCAAGAGAUACAAGUCUUUGUAG